AAGAGCCUCUGCCGCAUGGAUGGAGGUGUAGAAUCACGAAAUGCUCCGACCAGUCGGACAAAAAUGGAAUCAAGAAUAAAGAAAAUUGAAAAAGAAGCGAAUCAAAGCCCAAUUGGGUAACGGAAUAGGAUGCGAUUUCUACAAAUCUGCUUCGGAUUAUCGCCCAAUCGGAGCAUUUGCCCAUGAUUUUAGGGUUAGGGUUUGGAUUUAUUACUCCUCCAGCUACUAAUAAUCUUCGUCCCUCAAGCUUCUUUCCCCCGAUUCCCUUUCACAGCCCACCUCGAUCACAGGGUCGUUACUCUCUCUUCCCAGAGACGGAGCAUUUGGUGUUGCGUGCUCAAAGUCUUGAUCUCAAGAGCGAGCAACAGCCAAGCGCGUCAUCCAUGGAGCCCAAGAAAGAAUUUCCGGAGCUAAAUAGGAACCUUUAUCCGGAUAUAGAACCCUACAGUACUGGCUUUUUGAAGGUUUCAGACCUUCAUACAAUCUAUUGGGAGCAGUCUGGAAAUCCAAAUGGGCAUCCAGCUGUUUUUCUCCAUGGGGGCCCUGGUGGUGGAACAUCCCCUAGUAACCGGAAAUUCUUUGAUCCUGACUUUUACCGGAUCAUCCUAUUUGAUCAGCGAGGUGCAGGUAAGAGCACACCACAUGCUUGCUUGGAGGAAAACACAACAUGGGAUCUUGUUGAAGACAUUGAAAAGCUAAGGGAACACCUGGAAAUUCCAGAAUGGCAGGUGUUUGGUGGAUCAUGGGGAAGCACACUUGCUCUUGCAUACAGCCAAGCUCACCCGGAAAAGGUAACUGGCAUUGUUCUUAGAGGGAUCUUUUUGUUGCGGAAGAAAGAGAUUGAUUGGUUUUAUGAGGGUGGUGCUGCUGCUGUAUGCCCUGAUGCUUGGGAGCCAUUUAGAGAUCUUAUACCAGAAAAUGAAAGGGGAAGUUUUCUCAAUGCCUACUGGAAGAGAUUGAACUCUGAUGACUUGGAGACACAAUAUGCAGCAGCUAGAGCAUGGACCAAGUGGGAAAUGAUGACUGCCCAUCUUCUUCCAAAUGAAGAGAAUAUCAAGAGGGGAGAUGAUGACAAAUUCUCUUUGGCAUUUGCAAGAAUUGAAAAUCAUUACUUCACAAACAAGGGCUUUUUCCCAUCAGAUUCUUUCUUGUUGGAUAAUGUCGAAAAGAUAAGGCAUAUCAAUACCGUAAUUGUACAGGGAAGAUAUGAUAUGUGCUGUCCAAUGAUGUCAGCAUGGGAUCUGCAUAAAGCAUGGCCAGAAGCUGAUUUUAAGGUUGUUCCCGAUGCCGGCCAUUCUGCUAAUGAACCAGGAAUAGCAGCAGAGCUUGUGGCUGCUAAUGAGAAGCUAAAAAACGUUAUCAAGGGAAUUGGCUCGUGAAUUGACUUGGUGUAAGCACUCAUCAGUAGAGGUUGGCGGCAUUGUCUCUACCGCGGCCCAGAUUCUAGCUCUAAUCUUAGGGCAGUUUCCUGUGCUUGUGGCUCAACCAGUGAAGGACAAAAGUGAAUAAUUUGAAAUUUAAAGGAAAGGAAUUUGAGUUCAGCGAACCAGAUUUGAAACUUGAUGUUUGCUCUACUUGCGCCCCCCCCUCCCAAAAAAAAAAAACACAAAAUUGGUACUCAACAUGUCAGUAGCUGGCUGAUGGUUUUAAAUUAUUGUGCUUGAAAGUUUUUAUACAGUGAAUGCCUAUGCUUCAACUUUGAACACUUAUAGUUGUUGAAUUAAAUUGUUGCCUAACUGAGAGCGUGAGGGCUCUCUUUUGGUUAUGUCCUGAAACUCCCACGGAUUACAUAACAUAUGGUCCUUGUCUCUUUUGGUUAUGAACACAGCAACUUGUCUCAUUGUAUUCUUAA